UUCAAAUUUAUUUGAAGGUAAAAAAAAUACUUGAACCUAGCAAUCAUACACACAAAUUAUCAUCAUCAUCAUAUCCUACGUUUUUGUUAUAUGUUCGAUUUCAACACAACGACAACAACAACAACAAAUUCAUCUAAGAUCACCAAUCAACAAUAACAAAACACCAGAUUGAUGAAUUUAUAUCAUGUAAGAUUGUUGUCUUGUUUCAUAUCGAUUUCAAUUUAUAAAUUAUACAAUAUAUAUUAUCAGAAUAAUUCAUCAAAACAUUUUGAAAUGUUAUUCAAUUGAAUAACCGUUUUGUGUGUUUAACAUAGGAAUUCGUUUUUUUUUUGGCUUCAUCCAGCAAAAAAUAAAAAGAUUCUACAUAGAAACAACAAUUACAAAAGAGAAAAAAACUGCAAAAUAAAACAAACAAAAAACAGAAUCAUGGAAUUUUUCGAUUCCACUGGUAUAAGUAAUGAAGAAGCUCAAGCCUUGGAUGUAAUCAAAUAUGAAUCUUCUGGCAUUGAGUUUCUUUUAAAUUACAACACUCAUCGUCUUGGACAAAUUAUCAGUAAUAAUAAUAAUAAUUUUAUCAAUAGUCCAAAUGAACAUUCAAAAUUAUCAUCAUCAUCAUCAUUUCUUAUGAAUGGUGGUGAUAUUCAGUCUACACCACCACAACCACAACCAGCUACACUAUUACAUACACCAUUAUCGUCUAGCCAAAAUUCUACAUCAACAACAACAACAACAAUAGCAACAUCAAACAAAACCAAUCAUUAUCAUCAUCAUCAUCAUCAUCAACAACAACAACAGCAUUUACAUCAGAAUAAUCAUUCAUUUGAAAGUUCUCAUAAUCAUCAUCAUAAUAAUCAUCAUCAAAAUAAUAACCAUUUUCAUCAUCAUCAGCAACAACAUCCCCGUUUUAUUAAUCAUCAUCAUCAUCAUCAAAAUCUUAAUAAUGAAUGGGACACAACAACAACAACGCCUACAAAAACAGCGGUCACAACAUCAGCAUCAAAUCAACAUCAUCAUCAUCAUCAUCAUCAUGAACAACAACCACCAAAUUCAACCGUUUUGGUUACAAAUAUAGCCCAAUCAGCUGGCGCUGCUGCACCACAUGGACAUCCACCACAUCCAUAUAUAUUUGGAGCAGCACAUCCAGCCUAUUAUCCACAUCCACCACCACCACCACCAAAUCAUCCAUAUGCAAUCCAUACUUUACCGCUCGGUGCAUCACAACAACCAGUCCAUCCAACCGCAGCGGCCGCCGCCUCAGUCAAUCAACAACAUCAACGAAUGCCGACAAUGCAAAAUAUUGGCGUACAUUCAUCAUCGAAUAAUAAAAAUUCAAAGAAUCCUUCUAAUGUCAAUAGUUCACCUAUCUGUGAUAUACGUAACUCUUCAAACAUUUACAUGUCUCCUCAGUAUUCUGAUGCAACUCGACAAAUAAUUGAUGUUAAUCAACGUCUCAAGAAUGCAUCAGUCACAGGUGAUCAAAGUGGAGGCAAUAUCAGUGAUCAGAUAUUGGUUUCUAACGGUGGUUCAACGGCAACUGUGGCCAUGCCUGCUCAUCACCUAAGUUCUUAUGCCAAUCCUUAUGCCUUUCAGCCACAUGCCUUAUCUUUUCCGCAUCAUUUUCCUCAUCAACCGUUUUAUUAUGUUACAUCUGAAAGCUUUUUACAAUAUCAAUCGAUUCAACCACCACAGACGCAUAUAUCACCGAUUCCUCCCGUUGCUCACCUCAUCAAUACAUCAUCAUCGAUGAAUAUACCACUGACAUCAACUAAUCAACCACCUCAAUUACCGGCUUCAUCGUCUUCAUCGAUCCCAUCCGCAGCUAUGGUUACCACCACCAUUUCUUCUUCGUCGAUAUCUACAUCAUCGAUAUCAUCGACUUCGACAACACCAUAUCAAAAUAAUACUUCGGGUCAGGAGACUACGGUUUUUGAUGCUCAAACACGUAUCUCAUCAUCAUCAUCAUCAAAUAACCAUGAACCUAAUGAGUCAUCUCCUUCCGAUCUUCAGCUGCAAAAAAAUCGCCCCAUGUCUACAUCGGAUGACAAAAACUCUAUGAUAGAUCAAAAUGUGCCUUCCCAGUCAACCAUUCAAGAUGAAGUUAUCAAAACGAAUCAAAAUGUUUCCGAAAAAUCAUCACCGGAAACUACUGAUGUUAACCAGGCUUCAGAUUAUCUUAAACUUUGUUUGAAUAUCUCCGAUUCAUCUGGCAAAGAUGAUGACAAUACAACAAUUACAAAAGAUUCUGAUCAAAUCGAAACUCCCGCCGUGAUCCAAAAUAACAAUACUGUAGCAGCAAAUACUGAAUUAGAAUCAAUAACCGAUGAUGCAGCCGCUGAACAAUUUACUAAUAACAAACAAUCUGAUCCGUCUUCUAAUAAACCUACUACAUGGGCUUCCAGACUUUUCCCUACAAGUAUCACAACUGGCCUGAAUAAUAUUGAAAAUCAAAUGGCGAAUUCAAACAAUAAUGAUGGAGAAGAAUCCAAAGUCAACGUAAUCCAUGACAUUUCUACAACCAAUUCGUUUGUGGUUACAGUCUCAUCAGAAUUAAAAUCACCGAGUUUACAACCAAAUGGCGAUUUUCCCGAAUUAAAUGUGAUUAUUAAAAAUCACCAUUCAAGUAAUCGACGUUCAGGACGAUCAUCAAAUGUUCAUCAUGAUGAUAAUAAUUUGAAAAAUAUGACCGUCAUACCUAUAAAAAAUGAUCCAAUUGCUUUCAAACUAGCCAAAAGAUUACGCGAUAAUAUUCAUUUAAAACAUUCGCUUCCAACUAUCAUGCCACGAGGAUUGAUUAAUCGAGGAAAUUGGUGCUAUGUAAAUGCUACUAUGCAAGCAUUGUUAGCUUGUCCUCCAUUCUAUAAUUUAAUGCGUGAAAUUUCCGAAACGCCUGGCCUAUUUCGUCAAUCUACAUCGACACCAAUCAUCGACAAUUUUGCCCGUUAUUUUGUGAAAUUUUUGCCAACCGAUUAUAAACGUCAGAUGAAAAAUGUGGGCAAUUCAUAUCUUGAAGAAUUGCUCAAUACUGAUCCAUUCGAACCUACAUUCAUUUAUGAUACAUUAAAACAUUGUGGUAUGAUCAAAAAUGAUGCUCAACGUGGCCACCAAGAAGAUGCUGAAGAAUUUCUAUCUUCAGUUCUUAAUGGUUUGAAUGAAGAGAUGAUACAUUUAUCAAAAUUAUUAGAAGAAACAAAUGAUAAAAUAUCCAGUGUAGAUAAAACCAAUGGAUUUGGUUUGAGUAAUAAAUCGACAUCAUUCGAUUUUGAGCUCGAUGAUCAACUUGGUCUUUGUCAUGAUGUUGAUGAUGAUGACGGUGUACAGGAUUCAUCCAAUGAUAUUUGGCAUGAAGUUGGCACUACAAAACAUAGAUCUUUACCCACUCGAUCGGCUAAAAUAUUUUCAACAUCAAUUACUGAAAUAUUUGGUGGAUCAACUUUGGAUAUCCGAACUGUAAACAAAGACAAAGAUUCUUGUGGUAAUAGACAGCCAUUUUUCACUCUUCAACUUGAUAUUAAACCAUCAUCUAUCAAAACUUUGGAUGAUGCCAUUCGUUGGCAAACAAAAUCUGAAACCAUUCAUGGUUAUACAUGUUCGAAAACCAAACAAAUUGUCGAUGCUAGUAGUCAAAUGUUUUUGGAGAAUCUUCCACCCAUAUUGAUACUACAUUUAAAAUUAUUCGAUUAUGAAAUUGAAACGGGUGCCAGCAAAAAAUUGCUAAAAACGAUUGAUUUUCAUGAAAAUUUUGAAAUUCCACGUGAAUGCGUGACUGGAAAAAUUGAUCAUCGUUGUCGACGAUAUAAACUGUUGGCAGUUGUCUAUCACAACGGUACCGAAGUGAUAAACGGUCAUUAUAUUACUGAUGUAUAUCAUCUUGGUCUAAAUCAAUGGCUCCGUUGUGAUGAUUCAAAUAUAAAAGUGAUCUCACUAUCAAAAGUACUCACCGGAACGGAACGUGAAGGCAACUUGGUGCCUUAUCUACUUUUUUAUCGACGUUAUGAUACUCUACAUAGCAAUAAUUCAUCAUCAUCAUCAUCGUCGGCCAAUAAUAAUAAUAAUAAUAGCGUACAACCAAACAAUUCUGGAUCAAAACGAUCAAUUAAUAGCCAUACAGGCAAUGAAUUUGGUCAUAAUCAUAAUCAUCAUCAUCAUCAUCAUCAUCAUCAUCAUCAUAACAAUGAUCAACAAAGUAAUAAGCACCAAGAUUUAAUGUUGGCCAAUAACAAGUUUAGUUCCAUUUCUCGUCAACAAUAUUGAUCAAACAACCAACAAUGAAACAAAAAAUUGAUCAUCAUCAUUUUAUCAGGUGCAGGUUUUUUUGUUCUGAUAUUUUCAAACACUUUUUUUUCUUAUUAUCAUUAAUGAUUUUUCGAACGUGAUAAUCACUUUUUGUCAGAAACACAAUACAACACACAUGCAUACAAAUAAUGACCGUGAUAAAUCUAAAAAAAAGCUAUAAAUGUGUAUUGUAUACAAUUUUUUUUGUUCAGAUAUUUACCAUCUACCGAUGUUUAAACAAACAAACAAACAAACAAAACACCUAAAUCCACAUUUGUACACUUUGUCAUAUUUGCAGCCAAGAAUCGUUUUCGUUUCUUUUCUUAACAUCAACAAUCAUCACCAACAUUAUACACACAGACAUACA